AUGUCUCACAAAGCUGCACUUCUGGUUUUGCUCCUCGCCACCUUCUCAGCUGCUCAGGCUGAACGGGCGAGGAAUGGGUUCUGGGAUUACCUCAGCCAGCUCACUCACGACAAGGACAGCAUGGCACAUAGCCAGAGCACGAAGCUGGACCAAGAGAUCAAAAAAGUGAAAGAAAGUAUCCAAGGAGUCAACUACAUGGGAAAUCUCCUCGAGAAACUGGCCCCACUCAACAGAGGACUUCAGCCCCGGUUCUACCAAGACUCCGACAGCCUGCGAAGGCUCAUCAGGAAGGAGCUGGAAGGCCUGAGGGUGAAACUUUAUCCUUAUGUGGAUGAGGUGCAACAGAAAAUCAGCAAGAACCUGGAAGUGCUUCGCUUCCAGAUGAUCCCAUUCACCCAAGAGCUCCUGGACCAGGUCAUGCUGAAAGCUAGGGAGCUCCAGCAGCACCUCACCCCCACUCGAGACAUGAAGGCCCAGUUUCUGGAAGGCAUAGAUGAAGUUCAGAGGUUUGUGUCUCAGUAUGCCAAUAAAAUAGCCUUUCAUACUGACCAAGUGAAGGAGAUCUUCCAUCCGUAUGCUGCCAGACUGGUGACUGAGAUCCACCGCAACAUGGAAGAGCUCCAUAGAAACGUCACCCCUCACACCAAAGUCAGCCCAGAGAAACUCAAUCAGUACAUCCAGGAGCUCUCUGAGAAGCUGACCCAGAAUGCCAGGGAUCUCCACCAGAAGAUCCAGAGGAAUCUGAACCACCUCAAGGAGCAGCUGCGCCUUUACCCCAGGGGCCUCAGGGAACGUAUUGCUGGCACUACUGUAGACCCUAACUGGGCUGUGGACCCCUACAUGGAGGGCCUGGCUCAGGAAGUACAGGAGAGAAUCGAGGAGUUCAGAAGGGACACGUUCCUCCAGAUAGACGACUUCACCAGAACCAUUGACCGUGAGACAGAAGAAAUGAAGUUCAAACUGUCUCCACUGUCCUCAUACUCAGAGGAGUUUCAGGACAUCUUAGCACCUCUGGAGGAUUUGCAUGUCCGGCUUGACUCUCUGUGGAAGGAUAUUUCCCAGAGUUUAAAUGAGAAAAGCAGCGAUUUACAAUGA